CCUUCCGGAGAGUUGACAUCAGCUAUAAAACAAUGUUUAGUAUCUUGACAAAAACUACAACAAAUUUAUUACUACUCCAAACCAGAAGAAAAGUAGUCCUACAACAGAUCAGAACCAUGUCUGUAUUCAGCACCUCUCGAUUGGCUGGUAAAACUGUCCUUGUGACUGGUGCCUCCGCCGGUAUCGGUGCCUCAACUGCCGAGCUCUUCGCUAAAUGCGGGUCCAAUGUCGUCCUCCUCGCCCGACGAGCGGACAACCUUCAAGCAGUGAAAGCUAAAUGUGAAGCUGCCCACAAGGAGUCUGGGCUAAAGGAGGGCGGUAAAGUGGUCGUCAUUGAGGCAGACAUGCAGAAGAAUGAGCACUUGGAUGCCAUCCCCACCAAGCUUGAAGGCUUGGAAGUUGACAUUCUUGUCAACAAUGCUGGUAUGGUGAGGGGUAAAGAGCAAGUGGGAGACAUCUCUGAAGAUGACAUCAAUGUGAUGUUCUCAACCAACGUCCUCGGUCUCAUUCACUUAACUCAGAUCUUUGUUCGUCAAUUCAAGCAACGAAACGCUGGCAUGAUUAUUAACCUCGGUUCCAUCGCCGGUCGUGAACCUUACGCUGGUGGUGCCAUCUACUGCGCUACCAAGCACGCCCUUGCCGCUUUCACCGGCAGUUUGUUGAGAGAACUUGUCAACACCCCCAUCAGAGUCUGUGAGGUUCAACCGGGCAUGGUGGAGACAGAGUUCUCCAUUGUCAGGUUCAGGGGCGACAAGGACGCUGCCGAUGCUGUUUACAAGGGGAUUCAGCCAUUGGUUGCUCAGGAUAUCGCCGAAGAAAUCGUUUGGUGUGCCUCCAGGCCUGCGCAUGUCAAUAUUGCCCAACUCUUCGUCAUGCCUGUCAACCAGGCCACGCCUACUCUUGCUCACCGAAGUUCUUAAAGUCAUGAAACAUGAUUCAGGCAGUAAAUGCCAAAACUUAAUGCAGCUAUUUCAAACAAGUACAUGGGUAUAUCUAAACAAGAUGCAGUAAAGAGCCGAAAGUAAAUUGCACAUGUCCCCUAUCUCUAAACUAAGCCUUGGCCUCCUUGGCCUUCCUCUUCUCGAUGGCCUUCCUCUUCUUCUCAAGCUUCUCCUUCUCGGCAGCCUUUUCGCGGUUGG